AUGGCUUCCGGCCUGAACUUUACAGAUAAGACACAGGAGUCGUUGGCAGCAGCAAUACAGCUGGCCAAGGACUAUGCAAACGCUCAAGUGCACCCCGCUCACAUAGGGUUCGCUCUCUUGAACGAGGGCGCGGGAGAGUCUGUCCCGGGGAGCAUCAGUCAACCCCAUGGUAACUCGCUAUUUCACUCUGUGAUCGAACGCGCAGGCGGUGACCCAACACUCGUCAAGCGCGCUCUUCAGAAGGUCAUUGUCCGCUUGCCCACACAAUCACCACCACCAGAAGAAAUUUCCCUCAGUGCUGGCGCGCUGAAAGUCCUCCGCGAGGCCGAGAACCUUCGCAAGACGAUGCACGACUCUUACAUUGCCCAGGACCACCUCCUUGCGGGGCUCAUUAAGGACGUGUCAUUAGCUCCUGUUCUGAAGGAGGCUGGUGUCACUGAAGCCUCCCUGAAGACCGCCAUCGACCAAAUGCGCGGCAACAGGAGGGUAGAAAGUAAGAAUGCAGAGCAAGGCUUCGAUGCUCUGCAAAAGUACGCCGUCGACCUCACAUCACUUGCCGAAGAGGGUAAACUCGACCCGGUCAUUGGUCGUGACAAUGAGAUUCGUCGCGUCAUCCGCAUCUUGUGCAGACGGACCAAGAACAACCCAAUCCUAUUGGGUGAGCCCGGUGUAGGGAAGUCCGCGAUUGCGGAGGGUCUUGCACAACGUAUCGUCAACCGCGACGUUCCCGCAUCGCUCUUUGGCCGCAUAUAUUCGCUCGACAUGGGUGCACUCAUGGCGGGCGCGAAGUACAAGGGUGAAUACGAGGAGCGUAUCAAAGCCGUCCUCAACGAGGUCGAGAAGGCUGCGGAUGAAGGCAACCCGAUAAUCCUUUUCAUCGACGAGCUUCAUCUCAUCAUGGCCGGCCGCGGCGCGGAAGGUGGCGGCAUGGAUGCGGCGAAUCUCUUUAAGCCGCUCUUGGCCCGCGGCAAACUGCGGUGCAUUGGUGCGACGACGCUCGCAGAGUACCGCAAGUACAUCGAGACGGACGCAGCACUUGAGCGGCGGUUUGCGCAAGUGAUCGUUAACGAGCCGUCUGUACCGGAGACGAUCAGCAUUCUCCGCGGUAUCCGUGAGAAAUACGAGGUCCAUCAUGGUGUGCGCAUUUUGGAUGGCGCAUUGAUACAAGCAGCGACACUCGCCCACCGCUACCUUACGUCAAGACGUCUUCCAGAUGCUGCAAUUGAUCUUGUGGAUGAGGCCUGCGCAAGUGUCCGCGUUACCCGUGAGACGGCUCCAGAAGCAAUCGACAAGCUCCAGCGACGGAAGCUCGAGCUCGAGGUUGAGAUCCACGCGCUCGAGCGCGAGAAGGACGAAGCUUCUAAAGAGCGUCUCACCAUUGCACGCAAGGCAAUCGCCGAUGUCGAAGACGAACUGCGCCCGCUUCUGGCGCAGUAUGAAGCGGAAAAAUCGCGUGGCGACGAAAUCCAGAGUGUCCGCAAGAGGAUUGAUGAGCUGAAGGCGAAGGCAGACGAAGCCGAGCGCCGGUACGACCUCGCAACAGCGUCUGAUCUGCGCUAUUACGCGCUGCCCGACCUCCAAUCACGGUUAGCGCAGCUCGAGACGAAGAAGGCAGAGGAAGAUGCGCAGCUACCGGACGGCGGUUCUGACACCGUCGCGCCCGAGGCCAUUGCAGAGAUCGUCGCGAGGUGGACGAACAUCCCUGUCACGCGGCUGAUGAGCACGGAGAAGGAGAAGCUGCUGAAGAUGGAGAAGAUUCUCGGCGUGCAGGUUGUUGGCCAGCCUGAGGCUGUGAAGGCAGUCGCAAAUGCGAUUCGGCUGAGCAGGAGCGGUUUGAGGAACGCUCAGAGACCUAUUGCGAGCUUCCUCAUGGCCGGGCCUUCUGGUACGGGUAAGACAUUGCUGAGCAAGACACUUGCGACGCUUCUGUUCGAUUCACCCGAUGCCAUGAUCCGCAUUGAUGGCUCAGAGUACUCUGAGAAACACUCUAUCUCUCGUCUCAUCGGUGCCCCUCCGGGCUAUGUCGGCCACGACCAGGGUGGCCAGCUCACAGAGUACAUUCGUCGCAAGCCGUACUCGAUCGUGCUCAUCGACGAGAUCGAAAAGGCGUCGCGCGAGUUCGUCACGUUGUUUUUGCAGGUUCUUGACGAUGGCCGCCUGACGGACGGCCAGGGCCGUGUUGUUGACUUCCGCAACACGGUCAUCAUCAUGACGAGCAACCUUGGUGCAACAUUCCUCAACGACAUGGGCGACGGUCCUGUCAAGCCGGAGACGCGUGAGUUCGUUAUGGGCGCUAUCCGUACACAUUUCCCGCCGGAGUUCAUCAACCGUAUCGACGAUAUCGUCAUCUUCCGCUGCCUGUCGCAGAAGAACGUCCUCAAGAUUGUUGACAUCCGCCUCAAGGAGGUUCAGGAGCGGCUGUCCGAGAAGAAGAUGAUGCUCGACAUCGACGACGCCGCGAAGCAGUACCUCAUGUCAAUGGGCUACUCGCCCAUCUACGGUGCGCGGCCGCUCAACCGCGCAAUCCAAAGCGAGCUGCUCAACCCGCUAUCGGUGCUCAUUCUCUCGGACCGCGUCCGCGAGGCCGAGACAAUUCGUGUGCGCUUCGACGGCCCCCACAACCGCUUACAGAUCCUCCCGAACCACGAGGCGAGUGCGGACAGCAUGGAUGUUGACUACGACGACAUCGACGACAUCGACAUCGAGGAAAUGGACUAA